UCGUUCUCCACUCAGGCGGGGAGCGAGGAUUUCAGAGGGGUACGCGAUGCUGGCGACGCUGGCGAGGGUCGCGGCUCUGCGGAGAACCGGCCUUCUCUCCCGCCGGGGCGGCAGGAGGGGGCUGCGGACCGGCCGCCCGCAGUCAGAUACUGACAAUAUGAAGCCAUUGGAGGGUGUAAGAAUUCUGGAUCUAACAAGAGUACUGGCGGGACCUUUUGCUACUAUGAAUUUAGGAGAUCUUGGAGCAGAAGUUAUAAAAGUGGAAAGACCAGGAGCUGGUGAUGAUACACGAACUUGGGGUCCACCUUUUGUGGGGACAGAAAGUACUUAUUUUCUCAGUGUUAACCGAAAUAAAAAAAGUAUAGCUGUUAAUAUCAAGGAUCCAAAAGGGGUGAAAAUCAUCAAAGAGCUUGCAGCUGUUUGUGAUGUAUUUGUGGAAAACUAUGUCCCUGGCAAAUUGUCUGCAAUGGGGCUGGGCUAUGAAGAUAUAGACGUGAUAGCGCCUCACAUGGUCUACUGUUCCAUCACAGGGUAUGGUCAGACAGGUCCACUGUCUCAGCGAGCUGGGUACGAUGCUGUUGCCUCUGCUGUUUCUGGUCUGAUGCACAUCACAGGGCCCGAGGAUGGAGAUCCAGUUCGUCCAGGAGUGGCCAUGACUGAUCUUGCCACUGGCCUUUAUGCAUAUGGAGCCAUUAUGGCUGGAUUGAUACAAAGAUAUAAAACCGGAAAAGGACUGUUCAUUGAUUGUAACCUACUGUCAUCCCAGGUGGCAUGUUUGACUCACAUCGCUGCGAAUUAUCUUAUUGGCCAAGAGGAAGCGCGGCGCUGGGGCACAGCUCACGGAAGUAUUGUUCCUUACCAGGCUUUUAAAACCAAGGAUGGAUAUCUUGUAGUCGGAGCAGGAAAUAACCAACAGUUUGCUACUGUGUGCAAGAUCUUGAAUUUGCCUGAACUGAUUGAUGAUUCCAAGUAUAGAACUAACCACCUUCGGGUACAGAAUAGAAAAGAGCUUAUUAAAAUACUAUCGGCACGGUUUGAAGAAGAAAUGACCAGCAAGUGGUUACACCUCUUUGAAGGCAGUGGAGUCCCGUAUGGCCCAAUUAACAACAUGAAGAAUGUGUUUGCAGAACCCCAGGUGUUGCACAAUGGCCUCGUUGUGGAGAUGAAACAUCCGACUGUGGGGAAGAUAUCAGUCCCAGGCCCAGCUGUGAGAUACAGUGAGUUCAAGACGUCAGAGGCCAGCCCGCCCCCCCUGCUUGGGCAGCACACGACGCGCAUCCUGAAGGAGGUCCUCAGAUACGAUGACAGGGCCAUCACAGAGCUGCUCGGCGCUGGAGUGGUGACCCAACAUGAGGUGGAGUGACAAAGGAAAUAUGCUCUUUUGCAAAACCACAGUUCUAAUGCAUUUUGCUAGCAAAGGCAAAAUAGCCUUUCUGGACCCUUCUCCCCAAUUCUGGUGCCUGCCACUGAAGAGUUAGAGGAAUUCCAGAUUUCCUGCCUGGCGUCUCCAGAAUGGCUCUGGUAUCAAUGAAUCUAGUGCUUUCUAAACGUACCCCACCUUUGAUUCCUUACCAUUUCCCCCCAGAUAAUAGAUUAAUUGUGGAUUUGUGGGAUUUUUUUUUUUUUGGGUGAAGAUUUUUUUUUUUCUGGAGAAAUACAUUCCUCAUUCUAAUUAUGUUAAUAGCCUAAACGUUUGCCCCUCCAGCCCACGCAGGUCUGAAAAAGAGCAGAUCUCUUGACGUUCUUUACUUGCACAUAAAGUCCUCAUUUAAACCUUUGUUAGGAAGUCAAAGCAAUAAGCAGAAUGACAGUCUCAGUGAUUGAUUUUAAACAGAAUAACUUAAUUUUGAGCUCAUGAACCCUUUGUUAAUCUGUAAUUUAAACCAUGGAAUUUGUUAAUGUCCAUUAUAAAACUGAGCUCCGUUCUCCCCCAUGGGGGUAAAUAAUGGCUUUAUGUUGUAUUUCUUUGAUUAUUUCAUGAGACAUGGCAGAAAAUCAAUCUCCACCAGUGAAUUUUGGGAUGUAUGGGGUGAAGAGUGGUUCUUUAAUUGGUACCUUAUUUUGAGCCAAGUACAAAUGCAACAGGUUUUUAAAUGAAUGUCAGAUGACUAUCUCAGUAUUAAAUAACGUCUAAAUAAUGAUAAAUUGGAGACUGAAAGGAAAAUAUUUCUUUGUGAUCUGAGUAUCCACUGUAGAAGAAUAUAUCAUGCCUUAAUAUUAAGUAUUUGCAUUUAAGUAUUUGUCAGUGAAUUCGAAAUAGAGAAACAUCUUCUGUCCAGAAGGUGGUGGCUGAUUUGCCUAUAUGUUCCAGGAUGAAUUGUCACUCAGACUGCCAUGGUACAGGUACAAGCCCAGGUACAGACCAAGGAAUCAGAUGACCCCAUGAUCAGUAUCCUCAUAUGAACAGAAUUCAUGCUGUUAGGCACAUAUAUCUUAAAGCCAUGUCAUUACAUGCCAAGUGGUCAUUGAAAGUUAAAUUACAGAUGUUCAUUUUUCAAACUGUGAUUUAGAGCUAGUUUUCUUAUUGUGUUCUUUUUUAUUGGAAAGAUUCGAGCCAUUUGUGCAUGCUGUAAGCCCCAAUAUGUUUGUAGAAUCAAGGACUCCAAAUAAAUAGGAAGUUUGU